AUGGGAGAGGAGGGCCCUCCUGAGCAGGACAUUGUUCUCCAGCAACCAGGGGGUGGCAGGGGCAGAUCCAUCACAGUCAUCCUGGGCGCCCACAACAUCAGGAAGCGUGAAAGGACCCAGCAGGUCAUACCAGUGAAAACAGCCAUCCGCCACCCAAACUAUCAUCCCAAAGUCAAUGACAUCAUGUUGCUGCAGCUGCAGAGGAAGGCCACCCUGACUGCUGCCGUGAGCCUCCUCAGGCUGCCCAGGAGGGGAGAGCAGGGAGACUCUGGGGGCCCCCUCGUGUGUGACCACAUAGCCCAGGGCAUUGUCUCCUUUGGGAAAAAAUAUGGGAAAACUCCUCCAGGAGUCCUCAUGAAGGUCUCAUACUUCCUCCCCUGGAUACAGAGAACAAUGAAGAGCCUCUAA